AUGAGUGACAUAAACUUACUGAAACCGGUUGCUGUAUUUGAACAACUAUUUGAGCGACAAAUUCGCCUUGAAGACCGACGGAACCAGGAACACGCUGCGAUCAGUGUAGCUGUUAAUGUGCUGCAAUCGUGUCAUGGCUCUUCACUGGUCAAGAUUGGCAACACUGAAGUCAUUUGCGGUGCCAAGGUCAAAGUUCUCCCGGAUGCAGUGGAUGCUGGUUCUGUGGUAGCUAAUGUGGAACUCACUAGUCUAUCCAAUCGUACAAUUCAUCCAAAUACCGGCAUCACUAAAGAAGCACAGUUUCUAUCAUCCGCAUUGCAACGCUUGAUUACGAACUCAGUCUGUCCGGAUACGGCCAAAGAUUUAAAUAUUUACUCUGAAACGAGCUCACAACAACCGGUCGGCUCGUAUGUGAUCAAGCUGGACGCGGUUGUGCUACACGACGAUGGUUGUCUUUUAGAUGCUUGCACCUCAGCCGCCCUGGCCACCCUACUGUCGUUGUCUUGGCCUCAACUAUUCAGCCCCAAAGAAGUGAGUGGUGGUGAUGGUGAUGCUCGUGAAUCAGUCUCCAAACAGUACAGACCGACAGUCCCGACGCGAAUGCGAACGCUGUCUGUGUCCGAUUGGCCGGUGACAUUCAGUUUUUGUUUUGUCCCACUCACCGUGGCCCAACACUGUGGCAUCUCUCCCCUGAUUUGUCAACCGAGUCGACGUGAAUUAACCUUAUGGGACACGGAUGCCGGACCGGGCUAUAUUACUGUGAGCAGCCUGAGCAAAAAUGUGCUUGAAUUGUCCAUGACAAAUGCAUUUCUACCCGGUCUAUCAUCGAAACUGAAACCUACGGAGCGCUCGUCACAAGUCGAUGGUCUAUCCCCGUGGAAAGCGCUUCUUGAAGCCAGUUCGGCUUAUGCGUUAGAAAUGAAAACGGCCAUUCAAGAUGCUUUAGGAACAGCUUCUAUCAAAUGA